CCGAAGAAUUGAAACCGGGAGAUCUGAGCCAAGAGGGACAACAGAGCGAAAACUAUGAUCACAAUCACAGAGUUUCAGAAAAUCGGUGUGGGUCUGUCAGGAUUCGGCAUGUUCUUUGUGCUGUUUGGAAUACUGCUGUACUUUGACUCGGUCCUGUUGGCAUUUGGAAACAUUCUGUUUCUGUCUGGUCUGGCUUUCAUCAUUGGCUUGAGGAGGACGGCCCACUUCUUUUUCCAGAGACAGAAGCUCAGAAGCUCCGCCUUCUUUCUAGGGGGCGUGGCUUUAGUUAUACUAAGAUGGCCUCGUAUUGGCAUGCUAGUGGAGACCUAUGGCUUUGUGCUUCUAUUUAAGUCAUUCUUUCCAAUGGCUUUUGGAUUUCUCGCAACAGCCUUAAACAUUCCUUUUUUAACUACGAUUUUAAACAAGUUAUCUGGAAGUAGUUCCUCAAUGGUGUGAGAGCAGAUGCUGGAAAUCUGGAGGUGCUUUUGCAGUGAACUGCUCAAAUUUUAGUUGUUGUUCUUGUUUUAAUGUAUAUGAUGGAUAGUUGUGUCCGUUUAUUUUAUUUUUGUUAUUUUAGCCUAUUUACAGUAGUUAACGUUUAUGAUAUGUUGAAUAAACUCACCAAACAUGCCCAGUGUUUCAUUUCAAAAAUGAAAUGUCCAAUGAUUUUUAAAAGCUUGUUGAUGUGCUCUCAGCACUUCUAGUUAUGAAUACAUAUAUUAGAGCAGUGCUUUUGCAAUCAUCUCAUUUCUAUUUUAUCUGUCUG